AUGACAUCCAGAACAAAUACCAACUUCACCUUGAUCCCCAACCAGAAAUAUAGACGAAGUAAUCGUCAAUUCUGCUAUCUUUCCAAAGCCUUUGACUCAGAUUCUCAAUCCUUAUCAACCCUUGGAAAUUUUAAAUCUUUACCACUGGAAAUAUUUCAAAUAAUCUUAAAAUAUUUAACAGUGAAAGACAUCAGUGUGCUAAGCAUGGUGUCUAAAACAGUCAGCCAACACAUUAUUAAUUAUAUCUCAAGUGCAUCAGGAAGCAAAAGACUUUUACUGCAGGACUUUCAUAAACUUGAGCUGCCUGGCUGGAGACAACACUCAACUCUACUGGAACACUACAGAUUUCUAGGUCUACUAUUUAAAAGAUGCACAUUGCUGUUACCCACAAAGGAAAGGCUAAAAUACAUUCACAAGACACUUGGAGAAGUUUCAUGUUUUAAAUUCAGUGGCUGUGCAACUCCUUUGCAGUGUUUAGGAUUAUCAUGUUACGGCAUGUUUUUACAGACCUUAACAGCAGGUUGGGAUGAACUUGAGUGCCAUCGUGUUUAUAACUUCUUAUGUGAGUUGACCAGUCUCUCCCGCAAGAUGCAGACUGUUGUCUGUAGUAAACCAGGAAGUGCCCGGAAACUGGAGUUGAGGAUCAGGCUAUUUUGUAGGAAUGUCCUACUUGAUCAUUGGACUCAUCGCAGUGACUGUGCUUUUUGGUUAACUCGUAUAUUAAAACCAUGGCCUAUGGUGAAUCAGGCAAGAUUACUGUAUAUCAUUUUUGGGCCAAUAUCUCCUCAGGAUGGCCAGGUGGUUUGGCAGAAAAUGGUAGAAGGACCUGCAGAUGAAUCCAGUCUAAAAGGUUUAGCUGAUGCUAUUAAGUUGCUAUAUGACACAGACACUAAAGAGUGGACAGCAGAUGAUGUCAUCAGUCUUGUAGAUGAACUAUCAGUGGUUCCCCAUGAGUGGCUUCUAGAGAAUAAUGCACGCCUCCUAAUUUUAAGUGGGAACAACAUAUGCUUCACUUUCAUGGCUAGUAAAGCUGUGAAUGGACGGGCUAUUGAACUGGCAAGGCUGAUAGUCUUUUUGUCUUUGGUGUGCGAGAAGGAAUUAUACUGCAUGGACUGGGCAGUUAAAAUGAUGCAAAAAGUCUGUAAAGUCUUUAGCAGUCCAGUGGAAAGAACUCACUUCCUGCAGAGUGUGGCAAAUGCUUUUGCAUGUAUUAUCAUGGAGAUGAUGCAGACAGUGAUGUCUGGAGAUCAUGAUGAAGACGACAGAAGCUUUUUUAAUUUGUUCCAUCUUGUGCAUGCACAAGCUAAUUUUCAUAAAGAGGUCCUGUUUUUGGCCAUGAAUACUCUCUCUACCUAA